ACUAUUGGAAGAAAAAAUGUCUUGUGCAACAAAGGCAGCUAGAUGAUUCACUUGCCCAGGCAAUGCAAGUGGCAAGCAGUCCAGAGGAGUGGAAAUCACGAGGCAUUAAGCUAUAUCAUGAACAUAACUAUGAAAUGGCCACAAUGUGCUUUGAAAGAGCUGGUGACACUUACUGGGAAAGGAGGUCUAAAGCUUCUGGCCUUAAAGCUAUUGCUGACCGUAUGUGAACAUCAAAUCCCGAAGAGGCUAAAUCUAUUCGUAGAGAAGCUGCUGAAAUAUUUGAUGCUAUUGGCAAGGCAGAUUCUGCUGCGAGAUGUUUUUCUGAUUUGGGGGAGUAUGAAAGAGCAGCUAGGAUAUAUUUGGAAAAAUGUGGAGACUCUGAACUUCAAAGAGCUACAGAAUGUUUUUCACUAGCGGGAUGCUAUGAGGAUGCUGCAGUACGUUGUCUAUGCCAAGGGAAAUUUUUUCUCAGAGUGUCUCACUGUUUGUGCAAAUGGGAAGCUAUUUGAAUUGGGUCUGCAGUAUAUUAAUUAUUGGAAACAGCAUGCUGUUGAAGACUGUGCUAAGGCUAGUAGAGGAGAAGGAAUAAAUAAAAUGGAGCAGGAAUUUUUAGAGAGC